GUUGUGCGAGCACACAUGCCAAUGCUAGUCAUGGAAGUGAGACCCGUUUCACAGAGAUUAUGCGACUUAGGGGAAGGACCCCACUGGGAUGUCAAUACCCAGCGGUUAUACUAUGUUGAUGCUUUCGUCGGUGAUGUGUGCCGACUGGAUCCGGCGACUGGUGUUACGGAAUCUGUACAUUUGGAUGGAAUUACCACGUUCGUAAUACCUUAUCAGUCUGAUCCUUCUAACUUGUUGAUCACUGUGACGAAGCAAGUAAGGAAACUAAAUUUUGCAACUGGAGAAUCCGAAGUUUUAGGAACUGUCGAACCAGAUAGACCUAAGUCUCGUUUCAAUGAUGGCAAAUGCGAUGCAAAAGGCCGGUUGUGGACAGGUUCUAUGAUUUCAGGAGAACUAGGUCAAGGACACUUAUAUAAAAUGGAUUCUUCUUACAAUUUCAUACCAUUUGCAGACAAUAUCAGUCUCACCAAUGGACUUGCAUGGUCACUAAACUACGACACCAUGUAUUAUAUUGAUUCCGAAGGAAAGAAAAUUUUCGUUUUCGACUAUGAUUUGGGAUCUGGAACGGCUAGCAACCAAAGAGUUCUUUUCGACUAUGAGACUAAGGAAUUCGAAAACCUGGGUGUCCCAGAUGGUAUGACUAUAGAUAUAGAAGGAAAACUGUGGGUAGCAUGUUAUGCAGGAGGCUGUAUUUUACGCUUGGAUCCUAUUAAAAAGAGCAUCUUACAAAAAGUUGACAUACCAGCCAAGAGAGUUACGUCUUUAUGUUUUGGAGGACCUCAUUUUGACAUUUUGUAUGUCACCACUGCUUCAACAGGAAGUACCGAGGAGGAGAAAAAAAGUCAGCCUUUAGCAGGUGCAGUUUUUGCUGUUACAGGCCAUGGAACACGGGGGCAACCAGCAUGUCUCUUUUCCAUUUACUCUAUCAAGAUCUCUUUAAAAGAGAGUGUAGUUUUUAUUCAAAUAUCAGAAGCAUCGCUAGUCAUGAAAGUGAUACCAGUUUCGAAAAGACUGAGCAAUAUUGGCGAAGGACCCCAUUGGGAUGUCCAUAGCCAGCGACUGUAUUAUGUCGAUUAUUUUGUCGGUGAUAUCUGCCGACUGGAUCCGACUACUGGUUUUACAGAAGCUGUUCACUUAGGUGGAACUACCACGUUCGUAAUCCCUUACAAAUCUGAUCCUUCAAAUUUGCUGAUCACUGUGACAAAGCAAGUGAGAAAACUGAAUUUCAAAACGGGGCAAUCUGAAAUUUUAGGAACUAUAGAUCCAGGGAAUCCAGAGUUUCGUUUUAAUGAUGCAAAAUGCGAUGCAAAGGGCCGGUUAUGGGCAGGUGCUUUAGUUCCAGGUGCAAUAGGAAAAGGCGGUUUAUUUCGAAUGGAUUCUUCUUAUAAUUUCAAACCAUUUGCAGAAAACAUGAGUUUACCCAAUGGUAUAGCAUGGUCACUGAACUACGAUACACUUUACUUCAUUGAUUCUGGAGAUAAGAAUAUUUUUGCCUUCAAUUAUAAUUUGGAAGCUGGAACAGUAAGCAAUCAAAGAGUUCUUUUCAACAAUAAAGAUUUUGAAAACAUCGGUAAACCAGACGGCAUGACGAUCGACAUAGAAGGAAACCUCUGGGUGGCAUGUUUCGGGGGUAGCUGUGUUCUUCGAUUGGACCCACUUAAAAGAAGCAUUUUAGAGAAAGUUGAUAUACCAGCCAAGAACAUUACAUCAUGCUGCUUUGGAGGACCUUAUUUGAACACAUUAUUUGUGACAACUGCAACAUAUGAACUUUCUGAUGAAGAGAAAAAAAGUCAGCCAUAUGCAGGAGCAGUUUUUGCUGUUACAGGCCAUGGAACACAAGGACAGCCACCAUGCCAAUUUUCUAAUAAUAUCUUUUAAGUAAUCAAAAACUAUAAGAAGAUAGAAGAACCUUUUAUCCUAAAAAGAUUUUGAGACACUUUCUUGCAAGUUCUGCACAUUAGUAUUAUGGCAGCAAUAAAUACAAAUAUUACAUAAUACUGAACUGAUUAAAUCGGCCAAUACAAAUUUAUCAAAAACCAAAACUACCCAACAUAUUUAAACAUAUUCAAAGCAAAUAUAAUCUAAUGCAAUUUUCAUUUUUUUUGGGGGGGGCUGGUAAAUCAUUUCCUCCAAAUUUUUUUUCUUUCUUUUUUUUUUUUUUAUUUCUUAAAAUAAUGAAUAUAUGAAAUCAAAAUCUGAUUUUAGUAUGAUGUUAUGCAUACAUUUCUUAUUUUCCUAAAUUUAUUCAUACAUUAUUACAGUGCAUUUUCGAAGUGUAUAGCUUUAUUAAGACAUAAAACUAUUAAGAACACACAAAUUAAAAAAUGUAAGGAUUAUAUAAUUAAAGAAACAUAAUACAAUUUAAUAAUUAAUAAUAUCAUCUACAAUGAUGUUUACUAUAAAAAAUGUCAUGAAAACAUUUGGCACAAGCAAACUGACUAAAACGUUUUACAAUAUAUACAUAAUUUGACCAAAAACAAAUUUUUUUGGCAGAAAAAGGUCAGUGUCCAUUUUGCAAAUUAUUAGGUAAAUAUUUUUGUUCGAGCUAAUUAUUUAAUAUAAAGAAUUCAGUGAAAUAUUUCUCCAAUGGUUAAUUUUUUCAGAUGCUUGAAAAUGGAUGCAGCUACUUCUUACUUGAAUGCUUAUCUCUGAAAAUAUCAUUACAAUAGGCCUUUUUACUUAAGUGUACAUAUCAUAUUGUUGACCAAAUAGGUCUAACAUACAUAGUAGUAGAAGCAAACUAGCCAGUUACCUUUUGUGAAAUUCAUAAUUUUCAUGUGGGAAAAUGAAAUCUGUGGAAAAUUUUGUGAAAAAAAUGUUAGUAUUUGAACAUUUUGAACACUGGCUUUUUUGUUACCAAGGUACAAAUAUAACAUGAAUCAGAAUAAUUUUUAAUGCCAGAAAAUCUUAACUAUUGCAAAAGUGCAGACUAUGAAAAUUUAAAACUAAUAAAAGGAAACUGUUACCUUUUUUUACAUAAUGCAUUACCAACUUUUCUGAAAUGGAUUAGAGGCCAUUUAUAAUGAAUUAUAUAAAAUGUUAAGGUAAAAUGUUUAAUACAAAAAUCACCAGGAUUCAUUCUAUAAAAUGUGCAUGUAUUUGUUGUUAUUAUUAUAAUAAUUUAAAUUUCUUGUAACGUUUUAUGAAAAUAAAAGUAUAAUUUAAA